CAGUCUUUUGGUGGAAGCAGACGUGUGUGCCUCAGUUGGGGCCGUUGUUCCGUUGAAAAGUGUGUGUGUGAGUCGGCGUUCUUUACUAGUAUUCGUACUAUUUCUGCACGUGCUGCUAGUCCGGACUAGUUCGAGUGAUACAGUAAUAGACAACAGUAGGGGCAAUUAAUCAAUGCUCCGGUAGUGCCUUUUCAGUUUGUUUGCGAUCGCAGGUAGACGGAGACACUGAUCUAGACGGGAGCUACCCAUCCAUAUGAUAGAAUGGAUAGUAGUGCCAAGCCUCAGCGCAAAAACCCGCGCCAAAAUGCAAAUAUUAUAUCGCAAUUGAUAUUUGCCUGGGCCAUUCCCUUAUUAUAUCGAGGAUCCCGCAGAGGUCUUAACACUGAUGAUCUUACGCAAUGCCUCAAGGAUGAUCGAUCUGAACAGUUGGGCGAUCGUUUGGAAGAUAAGUGGUUCAAGGAACUGGAACGUUCCCAUCGCAAAAAAUCGAAGCCCAAACUCGUAAACGCUCUUUUCCGUUGCUUCCUAGGACCGACGAUUGUAAAUGGCCUCAUUUGCUUAAUCUACAUUGUGAUCAAGACCUUGAUUCCAGCUGUUCUCGCGCAGUUGUUGAUACAGUUCCAAAAGGCUCCUAUUCCAGAAGUGAGAAAUAUUGCGCUGAAUGAUUUGUCGAUAUCGGAUUCGAUAAACCGAACUGCACGCUCAAUUGGAAGCUAUGUGAUAGGUCCAGCUGUUGUCGAUUCUAGCGGUUCACCAAGAGAUGUAUACUCCCCUAAUUCAUUGGACAAAGGAGACCCCCUAAAACAGCCGAUUCAACCAGCAAACAACGAAGCAGAUUAUAAUGCCACAGUUGUGCGAAAUCUCCUGGAUCAGAGCACGGAGUAUAUAUGGAACGAUGCUUACAGUCUUGCCACUGUCCUAGUGACCUCCACCCUCUUCUGUUGCUUCCUUUUGCACCACGUUGAUCUUCGCCAGCGGUUGAUGGGUGCCCGAAUGCGAAUCGCCUGCUGUUCGCUGAUCUACAGGAAAACUCUGCGCCUUUCAAUGAAAACUGCUGGUCAGACGCCAGCUGGUUACCUUAUCAAUCUGCUUUCCAACGAUGUUAAUCGCCUGGAUUAUGGAUUCAUAUUUAUGCACUGGAUUUGGAUAAUGCCACUGCAGGCGGUGCUGACAUGCUACUUGAUUUGGCUGAACAUCGGCAUUCCUGCAUUGGUGGGAGUAAUUGGAUUGCUGCUAAAAACGAUACCCGUGCAAACGGCCUUGAGCAAGGUCACAUCGGUGCUGCGAAUGAGAAUCGCCGAGCGAACGGAUGCAAGGGUUGGCAUCAUGAACGAAUUGGUGCAGGGCAUUCAAGUUAUCAAGAUGUACGCCUGGGAGAAACCCUUUCAGGCGGUUGUGGCUGAAGCGAGACGUCGCGAAAUCCAGCAGAUUCGUUAUGCAUCUUACCUGAGAGGGUUCUACCUCAGUACCAUGGUGUUCACGGAGCGAUCCACCCUUUAUAUCACCCUAGCAGCAGCUGCUUUGAUGGGUCAGAACAUCACCGCCGACUUUGUGUUCUCCGCAGCCAGUUACUAUAACAUCCUGCAAUUGGUGGCUGCCAUUUGGUAUCCUCUUGCUGUUAGUUUUGGAGCGGAAGCCCUGGUCUCGUUGCAGCGCAUCCAGGAUUUCCUUUUGCUCGAGGGACGAGAGGAGAGGACACAAGGACUUACCCACAAGCGAGAUCAGGAUGGCGGUGACUCAAGAGCUGUGACCAUCAAGGAUAUUAAUGCCAGUUGGGAUAAUGAAAAGCCGCAGAGGACCCUGCAAGGCAUUAAUCUGCAGAUCGAGAAGGGUCAGUUGUGUGCAGUGAUUGGACCCGUGGGUGCUGGCAAAAGCUCCAUACUCCAGCUGCUCCUUGGCGAACUUCCAGUCAUUGAUGGAGGAGUUGUCAUCCAGGGAGAUCUUUCUUAUGCAGCUCAGGAACCCUGGCUCUUUACGGGAUCAGUGCGGAAUAACAUUUUGUUUGGCGAGGAGUACGAGAGGAAGCGCUACCAGGAGGUGACUCGUUGCUGUGCCCUCGCCACAGAUUUCCAACAGCUGCCAAAUGGAGAUAAAACCGUUGUCGGGGAGCGAGGAGCAUCGCUUUCCGGAGGUCAAAGAGCUCGCAUCAGCUUGGCUCGAGCUGUCUACAAACCCGCUUCGAUUUACCUGAUGGACGAUCCGCUGAGUGCCGUAGAUGCUCAUGUGGGUAGGCAUUUGUUCGAUGAGGUGAUUGGACCCAAAGGACGACUGGCCCAGCUUAAGGCCACGCGCAUAUUGGUGACCCAUCAGGUGCACUUCCUCGCCGAGGCGGAUAUCAUUGUGAUUGUGGACCAGGGAAAAAUUUUAAGGCAAGGAACCUAUCAGGAGCUCAUUAACAGUGAUCUCGAUUUCGCAAAGCUGCUCGAGCGGCCCAAAGAAGAGGAGGAGGCGGAGAACAGUCACCAUCAAUCAUCCUCACUUGGCAAUCAAUCACAGGAGAGCGACGAUGAGGAUAUUCCUUUCAUUGAUGGCGUAAAAGAUGGUUAUCAGCAGUUGAGGAAGCAAAGCACCUCGGUUCAUGGCAGCAAGUCGUUGGACAGCACCAAUAUGGAUGAUGAUGUGGAUGAAGAUGCGUUGGCCGAGGCACAAGCUUCUGGUGGAAUUUCACCUCGAGUUUGGUACGAGUACUUCCAUGCAGGCAGCACUCUGCUGAGCUUCAGUUUCAUGGUUUUCGUGAUGCUGAUGUCCCAGGUGGUGUGCAGCAGCUCAGAUUACUUCUCCAACAUUUGGUCGCAGCAGGAGCACAAGCGAUCCCAGGGAGAGGAGACCAAAUUCACCACCUUUGAGUGCAUGUACAUUUACGGAGCUCUGAUCAUUGCCGUUGUGAUCAUGACCGUUUUCCGCGGCUUUCUGUUCUUCAAGAUCUGCAUGCAUGCCUCCAAAGUCUUGCACGAUCGAAUGUUUGCUUGCAUCCUGCACGCCACCAUGCGAUUCUUUGACACCACUCCAUCGGGAAGGAUUCUGAAUCGAUUCUCCAAGGACAUGGGCGCUAUUGAUGAGUUGCUGCCGCGUGCCAUGAUGGACUUUAUACAAAUCGCCCUGGUGAUGUUCGGCAUUCUGAUUGUGAUUAGCAUCGUGAAUCCGGUUCUGAUGGCUGCCAUGUUGGUGGUGGCAGUUGUGGAUGUGCUGAUCCUCAAGUUGUACCUGCGACCAUCCCAGGAUCUGAAGCGAUUGGAGGGCAUUUGCCGUAGUCCGGUAUUCUCCCAUCUGAGUGCUUCCCUUUCUGGUCUGGCCAUCAUUCGAUCCCGCCAGUUGCAGGAUGUGGUGGCCAAGGAGUUUGAUCUGCUGCAGGAUGUGCACAGUAGCGUUUGGCAGUUAACGAUGGCUGCGAAUACGGCUUUGGGUUUGUGGUUGGACUGCGUCAGUUGUGUCUUCCUCACUGCAGUGACCUUUAGCUUUAUUGUUUCCAGUGAAACAACUUACAGUGGCAACGUGGGAUUGGCCAUCUCCCAGGCCAUGAUUUUGACUGGAAUGGUGCAGUAUGGAGUGCGCCAGGUGGCCGAAUCCUUGCAGCAAAUGACCAGCGUGGAGCGCGUCCUUCAGUACACCGAAUUGGAUCAGGAACCAGCGCUUACUGAAAAGACACCUCCGCAGCAGUGGCCCACCCGGGGUCUGGUGGAGUUCCGCAAUUUGAACUGUCGCUACGAUCCCAAUGGAUCACCGGUGCUUAAGAACCUCAAUCUAACCAUCGAGGCGGGCUGGAAGGUGGGCAUUGUUGGGCGAACAGGUGCCGGCAAAUCCUCGCUGAUAGGAGCUCUUUUCCGGCUUGCUUACAUCGAUGGAGAGAUUAUUAUCGAUGGCAUUGAAACGGGCUCCAUUUCGCUGGAAGUGCUGCGAACCCGCAUUUCGAUUAUACCCCAGGAUCCGGUUCUGUUUUCGGCCACCAUUCGCUAUAACUUGGAUCCGUUUGAGAGGUACACGGAUGCUGAGCUCUGGAGCGCUUUGGAGGAUGUAGAGCUAAGAGGUGCUAUUCCCGGCUUGGAUUACAUGGUCACGGAGAGGGGCAGCAACUUUAGUGUGGGUCAGCGGCAGUUGCUCUGCUUAGCGAGAGCUAUUCUCCGGAACAACAAGGUUCUGGUGCUGGACGAAGCUACCGCCAAUGUGGAUCCUCAAACCGAUGCCCUGAUUCAGCGCACCAUCCGCAUCAAAUUCAAGCAAUGCACUGUACUCACAGUGGCCCACCGAUUGCACACUGUCAUGGAUUCGGAUCGCAUAAUUGUGAUGGAUGCUGGCGUGGCAGUGGAAUACGAUGUACCCCAUUUACUACUUAAGAAAUCACAAGGCCAUUUAAGGCAAAUGGUCGAGGCAACGGGCGGAGAAGCCGAAGCCCUGAAAAAGACAGCCAGUGACAGUCACAAGAGGAUGCAGAGAGAACGGGAUGAACAAGACCGUGAGGAGCAGGAUUAAAGACAAUAGUGA